AUGUUAAAUGAAUUGGACUUUGCAUGUUCGAAGGUAGGCCUAAGAAUGAACUUGUCCAAAACUAAGUUUAUGACAAAUAUAGUCCCCAAUAACCAUUUUACUAUUCAAAACAAAGUGGUAGAACUGGUGGAGAAAUAUAUGUAUUUGGGUCAGAAAAUAAGAAUCAGCAGUGACAACCAUACAUGCGAAAUCCAAAGACGAAUUACUUUAGCGUGGGCAGCCUUUGGAAAACUGCGAGACACACUUAGGACCAAUAUACCAAUUAGCCUAAAAAGAGAAGUAUUUGACCAAUACGUAUUAGCCGGUCAUGACCUAUGGGGAAACUGUGACUCUAACCAAGCAAGAUUACGGCUUCGAAAUUGAGAGUGGCUCAGAGACGAAUGGAAUGAUCUAUGAUGGAAGUGAUGCUGCGGGACCGAAUAAGGAACGAAGAUCUGCUAAGAAGAACGAGUAUUGCUGAUGUUGCGGAACGAAUAGAGGAACUUAAAUGGAAUUGGGCAGGCCAUGUAGCGAGAAUGCAUGACUAACGAUGGACGAGUAAAAUUACACAUUGGAGGCCAAGAGCAGACAAACGUAGUAGAGGAAGAUCAUCUACACGUUGGGCUGACGACAUCAGGCGUAUCACUAAAAAUUGACAACAAGGAGCAAAAUCUUAAUAAAUGGAGGAGUUUAAGGGAGGCCUGUAUCCAGCAGUGGACGUGA